CUCAAGCCUUCAACAUCGUUCUUGGAUCGCCAGGACCGCCUGUGCUCUUCCUGAAUAGCUGGGGGAUCGCCUGUCCUCGUCUACUUGGCUCGUAUCACGCAGGAUGCGGACCUCGUUCUCACUAGAGAGGACGCAGGCGGACGUUUGGUGGGCGCGUUCCUUCUCGGAGCAGGUUGCCUCUGGGUAUCACAAAGAUUCUGGACAAAGAGCUUUUGUUCGCUUUAUGACAGAUCGCUGGGUUCAAGGCCGAUACGGGUUCCCCAAGCUGAUGCACCACUGCAUCAAGCCUGAAGUCCAUGUCGUGGUAAGCUUCUUGGGUAUUCUUGGGGAUCACGAUCAAUCAUGGUGUUUUCAGACGGUGCGCAAGAAGAAUGACAAUGCGUUUAUCUUGACUGAUGAGUUUGACUCAUAGUCAAACCGUCUUCUUCAGUGAUGACAAUGCCAGGACGCAUAGGUUAGUCUGCCUGACCGUAUAAGUUCUGCAGUCAGCUGUCCGGUGACAACCAACUGAACGAUGGCACCAAUGGCAGACCCGCUCGCCCAUCGCUUCGGAUGUGCAAUCUACAAAUUGGAUCUCCGUUGAACGCUGCAAGAAUCUCGCGCCGAUGAUCCUGCACACUGCGCCGCUUCUUCGUUUUCCAGCCGUACGUUAGUGCCCAGCGUGCAUUGGCUGAGCAACGCAAGCACGAACAGGAAGACGUUUGCGACCUCUGCCGAUCUCGAUUCAGCGUCACCGGAAAGGUUUCCCUUCGAACCAGGCGUGCGCACUCUGUACCCAGCUCACAGUCGCAUCCACGGAAACGCCUGUCCCACGCCCCUAUGACAUUGUGAUCGGACGCAAAAGUUUCUCCCGGACUGCGUCAGCGGUUGGUCUACCACAGACGUUCUCAAGUCUGGUAGAUCUUCACGGUGCAUGAGAUCUGCCAAUCACGGCUUGCCAUUUUCCUCACAUCUCGCAUCGUGCAUCGCCCUCAGCUACGCCUCUCGUCCGUCCAAGCUCCCAAUAGCUCGUGCACGCCAUUUUCCGUAGCCUUGCAGAUUUCUUGUCCUUUACCCACCUUCGAAAACGGUCAGCGGGACGGCCCUUAAAAAUCCUUCGCCAGCAAGCAUGGACGGGGAUCCAGGUUGGAACAUUCCCUCAACUUUGUGCUCCAUCCUAUUGGCCCGCCCUGCCCAGCGUGCUUUGUUUUUUGCUUCAAGAAGGUGUUGAAGCAGCUACUAGACAUCGACUUUUAACUUGGCCCCGUUGGGCCUAUCCUGCACGAUGGCUCGAGAUGAAGCUCCCGAAGGAGAAUUCUCGAUAUGGAAACCUAUCAAGAAGAGCAUAUGGACACUAUCUGGGGGUUAUUACGCCGCAACUUAUAUCCCAGACAGCCAUGGUUUGCCGCCUCCUGUGAAGCGAUUUACACGCCCCUAAUCACCGACAGAUCCUCUUGGAGCUGCUGUUGCCGAAACAGUCCGUCACGGACCGUUCUUCCUCAUGAUUCGCGACAUUUGGGUGUGCAUCACCAUGUUCACACUGUUCCCAGGCGUCGUAACGCCCUUCUGGAGUUCAAGCCCGGACGACGAGUUCUACAUGGGCUCAUACAGAAAUGUCGCUGGUGUCUGCUUGCUAGGCUUUGCUAGUUGCUUUGGCGUUCUUCUAGUAAUCGUUUGCAUCCCAUUGUUCAUGUUCCUUCCAGGUCCUGUCAGCGCGCUGGUGUUUGUUACCGGUCAAGUUCUCUUACAUCUCCUCUGCUUCCCACUUCAAGGCCCUUCGCAAGUGUGGUCGAAACGACCUGAGGACUCAGAGACAAUCCAGAAGCAUGCACGCAAUGCCAACGAAAGAUGGUUCUUCCUAAAUGGAUGUUGCGUGUCCGGCUAUAAUCUGCAGCAAAACGUAGACUUGUUGUCCCGCACCUUUGGAAGACCUGUCUUCGCCAUCCACAACCGUACGUACGGCGUGUUGGGUGAUCUUUUUGAAUGCAUUUUGCAAAGGUCCUUCAACCUGUUCACCGAGGAGACCCGCGUGUGUUAUGAGUAUGUCAAAGCGUACUGCACAGACCCAGAGGUCAAAAAGGUGGUCUUGAUUGCACAUUCGCAGGGCUGCAUUAUGGCCAGUCAAAUCUUGGACCAGCUUUACGUGGAUAUACCGGCGUCAGCGGUGUCGAAGCUCGAGGUAUAUACAUUUGGCAAUGCCGCUUCCCACUUCAAUAACCCCCUGCGUACCAUGUCACAAACGCCAACGAUCGACGCCCGCGACGCGAUGGACGGCCUCUUUUUACCAACAAAGGAAACAGGCACGAAGCCUAAAGUGAAGGAAGUGCUACCCGAGCGGAUCAUCCCCUAUAUCGAGCACUACUGCAACAGCGAAGACAUGGUGACCCGUUGGGGAGCGCUCUAUUCCGCAAAACAAAUCCUGCAGAACCGCUUCUGCGGACACAUCUUCAUCAACGACGGACAGAGCGGUCACAUGCUCAACCAGCACUACCUGUCGAAGAUGUUCCCGAUACCCGAAAAGCGUGAAAAGAUGGUCAACGGUGUUGACGAGGAGAACGGGGCUGUAAAUGGGCGCGUUACGGGUCAAGUUCCCUUCCUUGACCGUGUCAUUCGACUCGACACCGCGACUGUCACGCAGCGCAAACAGCAGGCUGUGCACCAGCUCGCGAUCAUGCGCCAUGACUCCGCGCUGCAGGACUAUGACGACCACUCGCACUCAGCGCUCAAAUCGGCGGUGAACGACAUCCACUGUUCCAUGUCCGCAUCGGGCAUCACUGAGCAGGACUUGGAUGAGAAGCUCAACCUCAGGCUAGGAGAGGGGAAAAUGUUGACAAGCAAGGACUUGAGCGGUGCGGAGGGCAGUCGGAUCAGCGUGGUACACAAUCAUACGUAUGAUGACGUCCCGUCUGGAAGGACUGUGAGGCAGCUGAGCCGGCUGUGGAGGUACAUGGACGGGGCGGAUCCAGACAGCAGACACUGGGUCAAGUGACUUGCGCGCCCUCGUCACCAGAGAAUCUGAACGCGUAUGAUCAAGAAAAUGACGAGCCGCUCAACCCAAC